AUGGAGGCGGCAGUCACAGAAUACCAAAAGCUUCAAGCUUCAUUCCAAACAGCAGUAGAAGCAAGGCAACAACUCGACUCCCAAUUACGAGAGAACGAACAGGUUGCAAAAGGAUUCAGCAAGCUCACGGAGGACAAUCAGGUGUAUAAACUUAUCGGACCGGUGCUGGUGAAGCAAGAUCAAGUCGAGGCGAAAACGAAUGUUGAAAAGCGAAUCGAGUUUAUCAAAGGCGAAAUUGAGAGGGUGGAAGCCCAAAUUAAGGACUUGACGGAGAAAAGGGAGAAGAAGAAGAUCGAGAUCGUGGCAUUGCAGACGAGAGCACAGCAAGAAGCGGCAGGAGCUGGAGGUGCAACGCCACCUGCGGUCUCGGCUUAG